UCAAUUUUGUGUCCAGCCCCCCUUCCUUCCCUCCCCCAUCACCACCGCGUCCUCAAUGCCUCUCUGAACGACAUCUAGGGAGAGUGCGUGAGGAGGAGACCCGGGGAGGCAAAAGAGAAAGAAGAAGAUGAGGAUUAUUUGCAGACAGCUUGUCUUGUUGUUUUCUGGCUUUUGGGGACUCGCAAUGGGCGCUUUUCCUAGCAGCGUGCAAAUAGGUGGCCUCUUCAUCAGAAACACGGAUCAGGAAUAUACUGCUUUUCGAUUAGCAAUUUUUCUUCACAACACCAGCCCCAAUGCAUCUGAAGCACCUUUUAAUUUGGUUCCUCAUGUAGACAACAUUGAAACAGCAAACAGCUUCGCUGUAACAAAUGCCUUCUGCUCCCAGUAUUCAAGAGGAGUUUUUGCCAUUUUUGGAUUGUACGAUAAACGAUCGGUACAUACCUUGACCUCAUUCUGCAGCGCCUUGCACAUCUCCCUCAUCACACCAAGUUUUCCCACUGAGGGCGACAGCCAGUUUGUGCUGCAACUGAGACCUUCCUUACAGGGAGCGCUGUUAAGUUUGCUGGGCCAUUAUAAAUGGAACCGCUUUGUCUUCCUUUAUGACACAGACAGGGGUUACUCAAUACUUCAAGCUAUUAUGGAAACAGCAGGAGAAAAAAGCUGGCAAGUCAGCGCCAUAUGUGUGGAGAAUUUUAACGAUGCAAGCUACAGGCAGCUUUUAGAAGACUUGGAUCGGAGACAGGAAAAGAAAUUCGUAAUAGAUUGUGAAAUAGAGAGGCUUCAGAAUCUCUUAGAACAGAUUGUGAGUGUUGGAAAGCACGUUAAAGGCUAUCAUUACAUCCUUGCAAACCUGGGAUUCAAGGAUAUUUCUUUGGAAAGAUUUAUGCAUGGAGGAGCCAAUGUCACAGGGUUUCAGCUAGUGGAUUUCAACACACCCAUGGUUGCUAAACUCAUGCAACGGUGGAAGAAACUGGACCAGAGAGAAUACCCAGGUUCAGAGACUCCUCCUAAGUAUACCUCUGCUCUGACCUAUGAUGGGGUGCUUGUGAUGGCUGAGACAUUCCGUAAUCUUCGAAGGCAGAAAAUUGAUAUUUCUCGGAGAGGAAACGCUGGCGAUUGCCUUGCGAAUCCGGCUGCACCAUGGAGCCAAGGGAUUGACAUGGAGAGAACGCUGAAACAGGUUCGAAUACAAGGACUGACUGGAAAUGUACAGUUUGACCACUAUGGCCGCAGAGUCAACUAUUCAAUGGACGUGUUUGAACUGAAGAGCACUGGCCCUCGAAAGAUUGGCUAUUGGAAUGAUAUGGAUAAAUUAGUUUUGAUUCAGCAUGAGCCUACCAUGGGGAAUGACACAUCAGCUCUUGAGAACAGAACAGUAAUUGUAACCACAAUUAUGCCUCUGAUGAAGAAUCCUAUUUUAAGAAAUUGAUCAAGGAAGAAAAGAGUUCCCACGCUGCUGUGAACAUUCCUAACUGAGGCUCAAGCAUUAACCUCCACUAUAGUAGCAUUGAGCUGUAUUUUUCCAUAUGGAUUUCUGAUCCUCAGACUGGAUGACCAGGCUCUCAACCAUCAAGAAAAAAAAAACCCUCUGUGACUAUUCUGAAAUGCCUAAAACAGAUGGCAUUCAAUCUUCGACUUGGCCAAGCUAUGAAGAAAAUGAUGGGGAUUUCAAGGCUCUCUCAGUUGAAAUUUCACACCAGUCUUUAAAUUGAGGCUUUCAUACAUGUACAGUGUAAAUUUUUGUAAAAUACUUCCAAGUUUAGGAGCACUAAGUGGUGCUUGCAAAAAGAAAAAAGUAAAAGAAGCAGGAUGCAAGGGGGGAAGCUGUUUAAAAUGUCUGUCUUGUUUGCAGUGAAGCGUUUUGAUGUGCAUAAUAAAUGUUCUCUGCAAAAGAACUCAACCAGUCCUAGGACUGGUAUUUUCAUUUUCCAAACCAAGGAUCUGAAUGAAUUUUAUGUAGCAUGCCAAGGUCUCCUAUAGCAUGCCAUUUCAGAGUUAAACAAAACUAUACAAUAGAAAAAAGAGUCUUAAUAAAUUUUAAAUCUGUCCCCCUUUGAUUGUGCUAGGGAUGAACUUCAGGUGCAGGUGAAAUUUACUUCUCCAGUGGUUCUCAACUUGUAAUGAGCCAUUUAUGUGGAGUAGUGUCAGGCACAAUGCUUUCCAUUGCCAUAUACCAAAUGAGGGAUGGUACAGAGUUCUCCCCUACAUAUAAUCCAGGCCAGAACCACAAACUCUGCCAGGGCAGAAACAUUUUCAGAACAGAGCUGGGACUUGCUGCUUUCUAGCAGGUUCUGAAUAUGUAAGUUUGCCUUCUAUGAUCCAAAGGAGCUUCCUAUGACAAAAAAUGUCUUCCUCCAGCAUAAAGAUUCCUUCACCUGAUGAAAUGACUCAUUCCAUUAGAGGAAGCCUCCUUCUUUUGGAGAAAUGAACGUUUGGAUCCAAUCUUUUACAGAGAUAACAUGGAAGAUGGAUAACAUUUACAUGUGCCUCACAUACCCAAAGACCUUCAGCUUGCUAAGGGGGCAACAAUAGCCCCAAGUAAUUCUACUCAUGUCUACACCAGGCCUACAUUUAGAUUCGUAUGUGAUGGUGCUUAAACAAUUAAGACCAGUGCAUAUUGUCCACUGCAUGUGAAUUGAGAGCAACUGUAUCCUGGACCACAAAAUAUACAGAGAUCUCUGUGUAUAUCACAUGUGUUUAUGCAGCCAGAUUUUUAUUAUUAAGUUUGAUAGACAUUUUCUAACCAUAAAACAUUAACAAUCCUAUGCAAGUCUACUCAGAAGUAAGGCUCACUAAGUUCAGUGGGGCUUACUCCCAGCUAAGUGGGAAUAGGAUUCUAGCCUAAGGGUAUUUCUACAAAUGAUAAAAAAUCAAUCCUAUUUGUAUUUAGUAAACAUAAAACUGAAAAGUCCAUCCUUAAACUUUGGCCUGUUUGUAGCUCCAUAUAUUAAAUCGGGGUGACCCCUACAUACAUUAUAGUUGCAUGUUGUUAAAUUGCACCUCUUCACACAUAACUUGUAAUGAAAAAACCCCCACAAAACAUUGCAUGAGGUUAUCACAGUACUACAGGGGUGGCUAACCUAUGGCCCUCUAGUUCUUAUUGGACUCCAACUCCCAGCAGCAGCAGCCAACAUGACCAAAGGUCAAUGAUGAUGCGAGUUGUAGCCCCAACUGGAGCAUCACAGGUUCCCCAUCCUGCAGCAGUAUUUCCAUGUUCCUGAUAUGGUUUAUGGGCUGUGGUAAAGGAAAUGCUAACAUGCUGUUUCUUCUCUAGCCAUGUUAGUGGAAGAAACAGAUCAGAAGCACCCAUACAUCUCAUUGUAACAUACAGAAUGGGCUUCAGAAAACCAUGGAUUUUUGGAUUGCUACAAUAUGUUGGCUACAAAAACCAAGAUUCAGGGAUGUGAAUAUUCCCAUCCAGUUGCUGACUCACAAAAAUCAUGUCAUGUAAGAAUAAUACGGGCCACAUGAAUAUACCCAUAUAAAGAACAAAGCAACAGAUUCCUUGGUGAAAGGGUCCAGCAGAGUAUGGAACAGAUUCAUUCUGCUCCACCGAAACUCCAAAGUGGAUUGUGCAAUCCAGCAUGGAUUCUGCAAUUAGAAUGUGUGCACAGAUGCCUAGUGCUGCUCGGCUUUUCUGCAUGCCUCAAGCCCUAAAGUUCAUCAGUGCACUGGUGUCAUUCCUUGCUGCACUGGGGGCCUGUUGGCCUGUGAGGCAAAGUCUUGUACGAUCCGUUGAGAUCUGUAGGCUACACUUGGCCUCACAAGCACAGAGGCUUCCCAUGCAACAUAGGGUUGAUGUUUUCAACUUCUUACCCUAGAUGCUUUGGAUUAUGUGAGGCCAACAGGGCCUAGCGAUAUCUCUGGGCCAAAUUAACCCUUGUCUUGCAUGUACUUUUAGUCCAGCAAUGAUUCAGUCCCAUAUAAAAUUCCAGGUUACUGUCCCAGAUUGCAGCUGCAGUUGAAUCUUACCCCAUUCCCAUAAAUGGCUUCACACCAAAGCAUCUGGUAUAAGAAGAGUUCACUGUGUCCUAGUUGUGUUCAAUAAGCAUGGCUGCAUUCAAGACCCAACUAAUUAUAUGCAAUGAGCUUUGCAAAGUUUCAAUACUUAGGCAAGACUAUCAGUGCUUAACUUUGAAGACAAGCAGUGACCUGCAACAACAGCAUUGUCACUCUUUUCAACCACUUAAACAUACAGAAUCUUGUGAAUGUGCUUUUUUUCUGUAACACAACCAAAUGAAAAAUAUUUCAUUGAGUAACGUGUGACCCAUUCACUGACCUCUUCAUACUAAAGGAAAGAUAAUUCAGUGCCUCUGAAUAAUGGAAUUUGGGCUGCUUUGAAACUGAAUUCAGGUCAAUUUCUACAUUUAAUUGAAUAAUUCCUGGGAUCAGUGAUGCCCGGCUUUUCAGUUUUUGGAAAAUGGCUAUCUAUUAGUAAGUCUUUCCCGCAUGGCAUGCUUUAAUAAAGCAUUUGGCAAUUUGCUUAUUGUCCUCUUGUUUCAUAUGUUCCAUUUGAUGUAAUGCUAUUUCAUUCAUAGACACAGGAUAUCAGUGAAAUUAAUUAGCACUGUUCAAAUGAGCAUGUAUCACAUUUUCUACUUUUACAAAGCAGUAUGUUCUUUGGUUGUAUAGUAAAUGUGAUUAGUUUCUUGUUUUGACUUAGUGUGAAAUUACUGUUAGUGUUGUUUUAAACAGAUAUAAAAAUAGAGACCUUGGAGAUAAUACUUUCAUUAACAUUUGUGUAGCAAAAGAAUUAUUUUACUGAUGUAGAGAACUAGAUCACCUGCACUGUUCUUAAACAAUAAAGUCUA